AUGCAGUUCCGAGCACCCUCGACCCACCUCGGCGUAACAGACCGAUACAUCACCCCCCCGACCAACGACUCGUCCAAAUCAGCCUACACUUACGGCCCGUACACGAUCCAAGAAGACUUCCCCUACGGGCGUUUCUCCGUACGAACCCACAAGGAUCCACUUGCAGUCACAGUGCUCCAGGAUGCCGUAGCCUUGGGUCGGCUUCUCGGUCUUUCUGAUCGGGGUCUGUCAGUCGCUGCAUACGUGCUGGACCUGGACUCGGGGCGAGCCGCGAUGCCUUCUCUAGACCAUAAGGGCAUAGGCCGUUACCGGUCGCCUACCAAGGAGCUCAUUCGAAGGUGGUUCGCGGAAGACAGGGUCUUCUACACUUGUCGCUACCUGCACUCGAGGAACGUGAAAGAUCCCGACCUCUGCGCGCUAGUCCCGGGCGGUCAGGAGAAGGAUGGGCCCAGGGAGGUUGUGCUUGGCCUAGCACUGGUCGAAGCAGCAGCUGAGGCUCGCGCUCAGAAUGGGGCUCGCUCCGACGCGUACCUCGCGGGACUGUUUCACCUUGGUGUUACGGUCAUGCACGAGCAUAUGCACGUGAUGCGUACGCAAAUGGUAGGUCUUCCCCGCACAUCGCGGUAUCGCGAGACCUCAAGUCCUGAGGCCUCAGACUUAGAACCUCUGGGGAAUGCCGGGGCUGUAGGCGUUGACGGAGCGUUGCCCGAAGCCAAUCCGACCCCUCCGCAUGUCAUCAGUAGUCGGGGUGAUAUGGUUUGGCGUGAUGGCGAGAGGUAUGGGGAGAGUGGCUGGAAGGCGAAGGAAUUGAUGAUGGGUGGUUUCCUCGGGAGGUGCCUAGUCCCCGAAUCAGACAAACCCGAGUACGAUAACCAAAUCGACAUGCUCGUGGUUUGCUCUGGGAAGACUGCCGGUCCAUACUUUCCGCUGCUGCCGGAUCAGUUCCGACCCUUCUUCAGUCCGGAUCUGGUCUCUGUAGACGCGCUGCUCCCUCUGCGCCCGUCCAGCGAAGGCGCAUGGGGUACGCCCUCAGCCAACGGGUCCAGCGCCACCGUCAACCGCCGGACUUGUGCGGAGGUUCUGGCUACUAAGCCAGGCUCCACUGGCGGUGCGGCAAGCAGAAGAGGAAGAGCGGGCGAGGGAUGCAAGGGCGGACUUGUGGGGCUUGGGGGAGAGGGCUCAUUGGCGGAAGCCGGGGGGUGGGGUGGAGUCUAUUUCGAAGGGAGUGUGUGGGUGGCAGCAGAUCAGGACGGGCGUAUCUUGUCGUCUUUGGUCCUUUCAGAGUGCAAGUUGAAUACUGGGAAGCGUAUCCGACUCAUCUCCGCUGCUCAACUAUACCGAGAAAUGCUAUUCGCCUUAUCUGGCAGACCAAACCUCCUACCCAGCUACUCCGACGCAGACGUACUGCUCAAUCAUCUCCGACCAUCCUCACUACUUUCACUAUUCCCGCCCCGCCUUCAACGGGUUUCUCCACGUAUUCAAGCCCGUUCCGCCCAACUCUCCCAAUUACGGUUCUCUUCCCAGGUUACACCUGCAAGCAAGUCACGCGCUUCCACCGAGUCUCCACAGUCGGUUCAGCAGGAACCAGAACCGUCCGCCCCGGCUGUCACCUCGAAUUCAGCAUCAGGGACACCUCCCUCUCACAUCUUCGCGCGGGACACAGCGUACGAGGAGAUCCGGCAUACGGUGAUCUACUCGGCUACCUCGUCUCCGCUCACCCAUUCACGGGUUUCCCAAUCGGACCAUUUCAAACACUCUGCACUUGAUCCACACCUACUCCCUUCCCUCUUCUUCCCCAAAUACCUUGCAGCGCCUCUACGACAUACUCGUCGAUACCUCCGAGGCCCUCAGGUCGACGCUCGUUCUCUGGCUCCUUGGGUGAAUGUUCAUCACUCGGCGAUUCUAGAGGAGAAACAUCUAGAGGAUGAAUCACUCAGAAAUGGGAUGGAAGAGCUUGAUGAUCAGAAGGCGUUUGACAUUGAGUUUUGGAUACAGACGGAUAACGGUGUCUCGUGGGCGGAUGAAAACUGUUGGGAGUGUGAUUGGGUCGUUCAACCCGGAAUAAUACGUGGUGAUGGGGAUGAGGGAAGGUUAGUUUGGGUGCAAGGACUGGUGUGGGGGAGUGUCGUGGGGGCUGAGAAUAUGUGGGGGUUUCAGCAGGGCUUGCAGAAUGAGAGUGAGGUGGUGCUCACGCCGUCGUCUGUCGCUAAGCAACCCGCGGUCGAGGUCGGGCCUCGAACAUCAAAAGGCGAAUAUCGUCAACGUGGACAACAACCUCAACAACCGCUAGACACUCCUCGCCCACCUCGAGCCAAUGUACUACUCCGCCAUCUCCCAAAUGCGCUCGGUACUGGAGAGAGUUCGAGCUGGCUCUACGCGCAGGUCCGAUCAUUUAAGCGUACAUGGGUCGACUGUCGGACCCUCUCAUCAAAGUUAUCGAGAAAUCCUUCGCACUUGGGGGAAACAUGGACGAACGCCCCAGCGAUCAGGCUAGCUCUUCCUUCUCUAAUGAAGGAUCAUACGGGGCUGGCGGCGAUUGGUCUAAUCAAGGCGGACUAUCACGUAUGUCACCUCGACCAACCCUCUGAUGUCAGAGGUUCUAUUCCCCUUGUCCCAGUCUUUCUCGCCCACGUCGAUGGAUCGGCGCGGAGAGGAUUCACGUUCUUACUGCAGUUUGGGUAUGCGCGUGAGGGGGUCCAGAUGUACGAUUUGGGUGUGGACACAUCAACCUUCGGUGAUCGGUCCUCUGACUCGGGGUUAUUAGUAGGCGUCUUAUCUGCCGUUAGGCUGUAUAUAUGGUUCAGCUGGGACUUGCAUAUAUCCGAGCAAUACGAAAAUACCCCUUCUUGCACAAUACGUCCGUUUGCUCUUCGAACAUCGGUCAUUAACGGAUGUAUGCACGACCUCCUGAAUCUCAACCAGUCCCUCGUCGACCGCUUUAUCGCUGCAGAGGCAGAAGAAUUACAGGCGGCGAGUCUGCUCCUCGUUCCCAAGACGCCACAAUGUGUCACCGGCCGGUAUCAACGUCCACAGUGGCGGGCUGGGCGGGCAGGAGAUAUGCGUCAGGCUCUCGUUCUGACGCUGACGCUGGGCGGGAUCUUCCGGAAGGAAGCGGGUCGAGGGUGA